CCGAAUACCUCUCAAUAAAACCACCUUCCUCGUUCUAUACCAUCAAAAAAUGACUUCUGCAGCGCAAGAUAUUCAAUCUGCCAUCACAGUGAAAGGUUCAGCCGAUAUUGUUUGCGACUAUUUGAAUUACGGCAUCAAUUCCAUUCUAUUUCAACGGGGUCUGUACCCGCCCGAAAAUUUCAAACCGGACGAAAACUACGGGGUGACCCUUUGGAUGACUACGGAUAAUAAAAUCAAAGAAUUCUUAUUGAAAACUUUGGACCAAUUACGAAAUUGGCUAGUAGACAAGGCAGUGAAGAAAGUGGUCUUGGUUAUAGCGAACGUAGCCACUUUAGAGGUAUUAGAACGGUGGGAUUUCAACGUAGAGUACGAAGAAGACACCCUCACCAAUCCCGAUAAGGUUUCAUCGAAGCCCAUCAAGCAAAUCCGGAACGAAAUCAGGGAGAUCCUCAAGCAAAUAUCCGCCUCGGUGUCUUAUUUACCUCUGUUAGAUUGCCUGUGCAGUUUCGACGUGCAAAUUUACACGAAAGGGGACAUCGACAUGCCAUCGGAAUGGAACGAAACAGCGCCUGCUGUGAUACAAAACGCGCAAAGCGUCAAAAUGAGAUCGUUCUCCACCAAUAUACACAAAAUGGAGACUAUAGUUACUUACAAAAAUGAUAUUUAAGUUUUAAGUUUAUUGUAAUAAGUUUAAAUAUUUUUAAUUUUUUUUACCUGAUAGUCUGAUAAUAAACAAACCAAAUCAUGCAAAA